AUGCCGAUUGCUGUAAAAGACUUUUCUUGGGAUCAAAAUGAUAAAAUGGUGUAUUUGACAGUGCCACUGAAAGGCGUCAAAACGAACAAAGUUGAUAUAUUUUCCUCGGAGGAAUAUUUGAAGGUCAGCUAUCCACCAUAUAUAUUUGAAUGUUUAUUGUCACACCCUGUGGAUGAUGAGGGAAGCUCAGCUCAACUUGGUAAUGGUGCUGUUAUAUUUAAACUGAAGAAAACAGAAUCAAUAGAAUGGUCUCAACUUCAAUCACCAGAUUCAGUAAACAAAGAAAUAAUGAAACAGAAAAGAGAAGAAGCAAUAGAAAAAGUUCAUAAAAGAGCCCAAGAAAAAGAAAAAGGAAAAUCCGAAGUAAAAAGAAAUAAUGAGAAAUUUUCUAUUAACCAGAUGAUGGAGAUUGAAGAAAGUGAUAGACAGAGAAUAGCUGAUUUAAAACAAUCAGAGAGAAAUAAAGCUACAGAUGAUUUAGAAAGAUGGAAAGACGAACAAAUUAAAAUUGCUGAACAGGAAAGGCUGUUGAAAGAAAAACUUCAAGAAGAAAAAAUAAAUAAUAAAAUUAAAAAAGAGAAAUUGAAAGCCGCGGAAAAAGAAAAUGCUGAGAAGAAAGAAAAUGUGUUUGACUCUGGAGUCAGACAAACUGGUCAUAUAACAAUAAAACAUACGCCGCGUGUCUUCCCCACUCCCGUACGGGAAUCCACCACCCCACUGGAAGAUGAGUGGUUAAAAAAACAAGCUGAAUCACGACGUGUGGUAGAACUAGAAGAUAAAGAUUUAUCUGAAGAGGAGAAAAAUCCACUGUGGUUACGAGACAAGGGGAAUUCGUUUUUUGCGUCUGGAGACUACCAAUCAGCUAUCAGUGUUUAUAGUCACGCCAUUCGACUCAACCCCAAUAUCCCCGGUUUAUAUUCUAAUAGAGCCGCCUGCCAUCUGAAAAUUAGAAACUUCUUCAAGGCUGUAGAGGACAGCUCCAAGGCUUUAGAAUUAUUGACACCUGCUGUACCACAGAAUGCAGCCAGUCGAGUUAAAGCUCAUAUUCGUCGAGGAACGUCUUUCUGUGAAUUAGAGAUGUAUGUAGAAGGUUUGAUGGAUUAUGAGGCAGCCUUGAAGAUUGAUAAAAAUAAUGACCAGUUACUACAAGAUGCUGACAGAAUACGUAAUAUUAUACAGACUUCUAGUGAUUAUAGCUAG